GCCUAGAUAAAAACACUCACCAUUCCCCAAAAAGCACAUGCGAAAAUAUAUAGACUUGUGGAUAGACACUCCACAUUCCCAUGUCAUGUUUAGGACUAAAUAAAGACCUACGGUCGAACUUCCAAAGCUGCCUUCUUGCUAUGUAUCCAGAUGGUUAUAUAUAAAUAAGCCACAAUCCAUAAGCUUGUUUGCAUUGAUUUACUUCUACCCUUUCAGCUCCUAAUUAUACAAAUGUCAACUAAAAUAGCAGCUGAGAGUUUUCCAAAUCCAACACCAGGAGAAAAGCCAGUACUGGUGGUGGUGAGAGUCUACGAUGGAGAAAGAGAUAAGGCGGCGGUGGAGGAGUUGGAGAGGCAGUACGAGGUCGGAAAACCCGGGAAGCCGUCGGUUGUCACAGACCUCAUGGGCGAUCCUACUGCUCGCAUCCGCAACUUCACCUCCCACAUCAUGCUGGUAGCUGAAUAUGGAUUUGAAAGACGGAUUGUUGGUGUUAUUAGGGGUUGCUUAAAAUCUGUUACUAAAGGAAAGAAUCCCUCCGGCCGGUUUCCUGCCUAUGUGAAACUGGCUUGUAUUCUUGGAUUAAGGGUUUCCACUGCACACAGGCGGCUCGGUAUUGGUACAAAACUAGUUCAACAACUAGAAGAAUGGUGUAGAAAGAAUGGUGCGGAUUACGCAUACAUGGCCACCGAAUGCAGCAAUCAGCCUUCCCUAAAUUUGUUUACCAUAAAGUUUAACUACAUCAAAUUCAGGAGCCCUACAGUUCUCGUUCAACCUAUUCAUGCUCAUGACAAGUCACUAAGCUCGAGCAUAGCACUGAUUCGAGUCUCUCCAGAGCUAGCAACAUUAGUGUAUAGACGGAUUUUUGCAAGUUCAGAAUUCUUUCCUGAGGAUGUAGAUAUGAUACUGAAUAACAAACUUAGUCUUGGCACCUUCGUGGCCUUGCCAAAAGGAUACCUCUCCAAUUGGGACCCUAAAUCUGACACUUUUCCACCUAGCUUUGCCAUCCUCAGCAUAUGGAACACCAAAGAAGUGUUCAAGCUGAAGGUAAAGGGUGUUUCCUCCCUAAAAUACGCGUGCAGCGUGGCUAGUAGGGCGGUAGACGCUUUUCUUCCGUGGCUGAGGUUACCUUCAAUACCUAAUAUAUUCAGACAGUUUGGACUCUAUUUUUUGUAUGGCCUUCACAUGGAAGGUCCUCAUGGCUCUUAUCUGAUGAGGUCACUUUGUUCAUUCGCCCAUAAUAUGGCAAAGCAUGAUAGGGGUUGCGGCAUCUUGGUAGCCGAGGUAAACCAAAAUGAUCCUGUUAAAGAGGCUAUUCCGCACUGGAAAAGGUUUUCAUGGGAUGAUCUUUGGUGCAUAAAGAAACUCGCAGUGGCAAAGGAAGAGGGACAAGAAAGCCGGAGCUUUGAACCUCAGGAUUGGAUUAAAUCUCGAGCUUGUUCUUCCUCAGUUACAUUUGUUGAUCCACGAGACAUUUAAUGGCGAUGCAUUUUUGCCUGGAACGACCCCUUCCAAACUGUACAGUGUUUAAAUCGAAAUUAUCUAGAAUUGUUUUCUAUCUAAGAUAAGUUUCA